GCUGGGUCGGACUUAGAUUCUGCCGUUGCCAGCCUGGAAGCCUGCCGACGCCUCUCCUCAUUUUUUUGUUGAACGCUAACGUCCGAGAGAGAGAGCGUGAGCAGUGCCGAGCCAGGAAGAGCCAACGCUGGUGCCUGUUUCCACCAGACACAACAACUGAAGCCCGAUCCCGAAGCUGCAAUUUCUUUUCAACAAGCUUCGCACAACUCGGGGCUCAAACAGCAGCGGUCAAGAUGGCGUUGAACUUGGAUUUGUCGAACGCGGCGGUGAUGAAGGAUGAGCAGGGCCGGCCGUUCAUCGUCGUCAGAGAUCAGGGCAAGAAGAAGCGCCAGUACGGCAACGAGGCCGUCAAAUCCCACAUCCUCGCCGCGCGCACCGUGGCCAACAUCAUCAAGACAUCAUUAGGCCCGCGCGGUCUCGACAAGAUUCUCAUCUCCCCCGACGGCGACAUCACAGUAACAAACGAUGGCGCGACUAUUUUGCAGCAGAUGGAGAUCACGAACCACGUCGCCAAGCUGUUGGUCGAGUUGUCCAAGUCGCAAGAUGACGAAAUCGGCGACGGCACCACCGGUGUGGUCGUCCUGGCCGGCGCUCUUCUGGAACAGGCGGCUGAGCUCAUCGACAAGGGCAUCCACCCCAUCAGGAUCGCCGACGGCUACGACCAGGCAUGUGACAUCGCCGUGGCGGAGCUCGACAAGAUUUCGGACGUGAUUGAGUUCAGCAGGGAGAAUACGGAAAACCUGGUCAAGGUGGCGAGGACGAGCCUGGGGAGCAAGAUCGUGUCCAAGGCGCAUGACCAGUUCGCCCAAAUUGCCGUGGACGCCGUCCUGUCCGUGGCCGACCUGGAGCGCAAGGAUGUCGAUUUCGAGCUGAUUAAGGUGGAUGGCAAGGUGGGCGGUGCACUUGAGGACACGAUCCUUGUCAAGGGCGUCAUCGUCGACAAGGACUUCUCUCACCCGCAAAUGCCGUCUGAAGUGCGGGACGCCAAGAUCGCCAUUCUAACAUGCGCCUUCGAGCCGCCCAAGCCAAAGACGAAGCACAAGCUUGAGAUCGGCAGCGUGGAGGAGUUCAAGAAGCUGCAGAACUACGAGCGGGAGAAGUUUGUCGAGAUGAUCCAGCAAAUAAAGGACGCCGGCGCGAACCUGGCCAUCUGCCAGUGGGGUUUCGAUGACGAAGCCAACCACCUCCUUCUCCAGAACAACCUCCCUGCGGUAAGGUGGGUGGGCGGUCCGGAGAUCGAGCUCAUUGCUAUCGCGACCAACGGCCGGAUCGUACCCCGCUUCGAGGACCUCAAGCCCGAGAAGCUCGGCACCGCUGGCAUCGUGCGGGAGAUGACCUUUGGCACAACAAGAGACAAGAUGCUUGUGAUCGAGGAGUGCGCCAAUACGCGGGCGGUCACCGUGUUUGUCCGGGGCAGCAACAAGAUGAUCAUCGACGAAGCCAAGCGCUCGCUCCACGACGCCCUCUGCGUCGUGCGCAACCUCGUCCGCGACAACCGCGUCGUCUACGGCGGCGGCUCGGCCGAGAUCGCCUGCAGCCUGGCGGUCGAGGACGCGGCCGUCAAGACGCCCGGCCUGGAGCAGUACGCGAUGCGCGCCUUCGCCGAGGCCCUCGACGCCAUCCCCAUGGCGCUCGCCGAGAACAGCGGCCUGAACCCGAUCGCCACGCUCGCCGAGAUCAAGAGCCAGCAGGUCAAGACGCCCGCCGGCCGCGGCCGCCUCGGCGUCGACUGCAUGGGCCGCGGGUCCAACGACAUGAAGGAGGCCUUCGUCAUCGACCCGCUUAUCGGCAAGAAGCAGCAGCUCAUGCUGGCCACCCAGCUCUGCCGCAUGGUGCUCAAGGUGAAUAACGUCAUUGUGUCGGGGUCGGGCGAGGAAGACUUCUAAGGGUGGAGAUUGGGGGUGUGGUAGACAUAUAGCAUGCAUGCCCUGGGUCAAUAAGAGGAGUUAGUUGCUCCGGAGACAAAACUGGGUAAAUAGAUACCUGUGGGCGUCAAUACAUGC